AUGACCGAUGCGUGGAUCGAGGGGCGGCAACGAUCAAUAUGCUCAAGGAGCACUCACCCUUCUCAACUCGCUUCACGCAUCGGCAACGGAAGAAUUCAUUGUUUGAUCACUAAUGAGAUUUCGAAUUCUGUCCGUGAAGAGUUGGAGAACAAAUUCGACGAAGUGAAUAUCGUCGACUUCUUCAACAGCAACGACUCGGAGAAUCUCUCGUUGAUCGGCCGCCCGGAUCUAGUGUGACCUUCACCAAAUUCCACUGCUGGCGUCUCACUCAAUACUCGAAGGCUGUUUUCUUGGAUGCUGACACCAUGAUCAUCAGGAACUGUGAUGAACUCUUCGAAAGACCCGACUUCUCUGCCGCCGCCGAUAUCGGAUGGCCGGAUAUGUUCAAUUCGGGAGUUUUCGUGUUCACGCCGUCGCUCACCGUCUAUCGAGCUCUUCUCGCUCUCGCCACCUCGUCCGGCUCAUUCGAUGAUGGAGAUCAAGGCCUACUAAUCGAGUACUUCUCAAACUGGAAUGAUCUUUCAUCGGCUCACCGGCUCCCGUUCAUUUACAACAUGACAGCUGGAGAAUAA